UCCUCCAUAAAUACGGCGCGCGGUCAGCGCGGUGUCAACCCGAGCUUCACUCCGGAGGGCCGAGCGCGAGGACGAGCGGAGGAUUAUUACUGGGUUUCCUGCUCCGGCACCGCGCUAUAGACAACGGCACACGCACCCAAGGAGCAAACUUUUAACUUGCUAAAAAUAUUUGGUCAUAACGGAUGGCGCGUUUGCUCCCAGACCGGACCGCCGGCAUGACUCUGAACAAGGGGGACAAGCUGAGGAACAUGGACAAGCGGAGAGGGAGCAUGCCCUUCCCCGUGCAGCUGACGAACCUGCACCGGAGGAGCAUGCCCGUGGACGACCGAGACCUGCGCGCCGCCACGCCGCCGUGCCAAACGGACGGCCUGUCCAACCUGCUGCACUGCACCUCCUACUCCGUGGGCGAGCCGCGGAGGGACGGCUGCGUGUCGGACUCCUCCGACUCCGUCAUCUCGUCCGGCAGCGACGCGGACGGCCAGGUGUACAAGGUGGUGCUGCUGGGGGAGCACGGCGUGGGCAAGUCCAGCCUGGCGCGCAUUUUCGGGGGAGUCGAGGAUGCUCACGACUGCGACGAUGCAGGAAACACAUAUGACAGAACUAUUUCGGUGGAUGAAGAGGAGGCGUCCAUUUUACUGUACGACAUCUGGGAACAGGAUAACAGCCAGUGGCUGAAGGAGCAGUGCAUGAGGAUGGGAGACGCCUACAUCAUCGUCUACUCGGUCACGGACAAAUCGAGCUUCGAGAAGGCGUCGGAGCUGCGUAUACAGCUGCGCCGGGCGAGGCAGUCGGAGAAUAUUCCCAUAAUCCUGGUGGGCAACAAGAGCGACUUGGUGCGAUCCAGAGAGGUGUCUGUUGAUGAGGGCAGCGCCUGCGCCGUGGUCUUCGACUGCAAGUUCAUCGAGACCUCCGCCUCCCUCCACCACAACGUCCAGGACCUGUUCGAGGGCAUCGUCCGGCAGAUCCGGCUGAGGAGAGACAGCAAGGAGGAGAACGCGCGCCGCAUGGCCAACUGCAAGCGCCGCGAGAGCAUCGGCAAGAAAGCCAAGCGCUUCCUGGGUCGCAUGGUCGCGCGCAAGAACAAGAAGAUGGCCUUCCGGCAGAAGUCCAAGUCCUGCCACGACCUGUCGGUUCUCUGAGGAGGAGGAGGAGGAGGAGGAGGACGGCGAAAGCGGAAGGACUCCCCGUUCUUUCCUUUGGCCUCUGAAGACCAGAAGCUGUGUGUGUUUUAACACUAACCCUAAAAGAGACUUAUAGAGAUGUACAGAAAUGCAAUAUAUUUUUUAUUUUUUAGAAGCCAAACGACAGAGGAUCCAGUUAGUGCAGCGUGGCUGGUCUUGUUCCGGUCAUGUCGCGGUGACGGUGAUCAUGUGCAUGACGCUUUUCAGAGUAAAACAUUUCGUUUUUUUUAAAAAAAAAAAAAAACUAUUUUACUUGUCUGCCUUAAACUCGUGGCUGUCGUUACACGUGAAGUAUGCAUGGUGACUCCCCCAUUUACUGAGUUGUAAAUACCGCCUCGCCGCCGGGUUAUCUCUCUGCUCCUCUCUGGGGGGGCGUCUGUGUACAUAUAAGGAGGCCCGGGGGGGGGAUGCUGAAUGACCCCCCCCCCCCCCACACACACACACACACACAUCUCACCGUCCGGAGAAGCACCACGAAGGGAUCUCGUAAUUUGGGGGGGGAGGGGGGUCUUCUGGAGUCACGUUUACUUGAAAUGCAGUACGCAGGUUCGUACUCAGGCCAGGACGCCAAAGGACUAGCCCGCGGACCGGAAGUAGGGGGUCUCUUAUUCUGUGCUGUUCCUUUACAUUCAGCCAAGGUUGUGAAUGAGCGAGUAAAAGCAAUAAAUGAUGUUGAUCUUUUGACGUUUGUUAUUUUUGAUUUUUUUUUGUUAUUGUUGUUUACAUAUGACCCCCCCCCUAUGCUCCCCCCCAUGUUUUUUUUCCAAUAAAACAUCCAAUCA